GGGUUCAGUCUCGAACGAAAAACUGAAGCAUCAUCAUUUCAAGAACCUUACUCUUGAGAGAUUAUCACAUGCCCUGAGCGAAGGUCGUAUUUGGGAAGAUAAGGACCACGUUGGGUACCUUUGAUGAAUCAAGAGUAAUGGGGUCAAUAUACAGAGUAUACUCUCGCCUGUUGCAUAAACAUCCUGUGGUUGUUCAGUCUCUACAAACCGGUACAUUGACAGGAGCUGGGGAUCUCUUGUCUCAAUUUUUUGUAGAAAAGAAGCCUGCAACUCAAUAUGAAUGGCAGCGUACUGCUCGCUUUUUUGCAAUUGGUACAUUUUUCAUAGGCCCCUCCAUAACAAAAUGGUAUAGAGUGUUAGACGUCAAAUUUGGAUCUGGCAAAGGAAUACGAGCUUUGAAAAAAGUUGCGGUAGAUCAAUUGGUGUUUGCACCUGUGUUUUUGGGAGUCUUCUUGGGUGUGUUGGGGGUCAUGCAGGGACAUAGACCACAGCGUAUCCAGAACGACAUCAAGAAGAACUAUAAAGACAUUAUACUGACCUGUUGGAGUGUAUGGCCAGCUGUUCAAAUCUGCAACUUCUCCUUUGUUCCUUUAAACUAUCAGGUGCUUGUGGCUCAAACAUUUGCAUUAGUUUGGAAUACAUACUUAGCCUGGAAGACUAACAAAGACACUGUUGUUCCUGAACCUCAAGAAAAGCUAACAAUUAACAAAUAGAUCAGAAUUUAAAAUUGAAAUACAGUAAGUAAAAUGUUAGCAAAAACGACACUUUUUUCUGUAUAUAAAACAAACCAUGCAGAUAAAAUACUAUUUAUAAAUGUUCAUAUUUAAUCACUGUAUGUACAUUUAAUAAAUACUGUUGUUAAGAAUGAGUUGGAUGACAAUGCUGUUCAAUUUGUUUCAUAACGUGUACUUUUAAUGAACUGAAAACUACUAUGUAUAAAUGAGUUUAAGACUUUGGCAAGCAAUAUGACUCAAGAAGUGCUAUUGUAAUCUUGUAAAUAAGUUUUCAAUUAAAUAACCAAAUUAAAUUCGGUGGUCUUUUGCUGGUGAAAUCCCUGUACUAUACUGUUAUGUGUUUGUAUAUGUAAAGUGUAAGUGAAUAAUUUGCCAAAAAUUCAGGUUCAUAUGAAGUCAACAUUGCUAGUUGCAGUAACUAAUAGUUGCCAGAAUGUGCACAGUAGUCCUGUAGUUUCUCUAUUCUCAUGUUCAUAUGUUAGGUUUAAUGGACAGAAUGUAGAGAAAUAUCAAAGAUGAGAGGAAAUUAUAUUUUUGAUAAUGUGUCACUAGUAAAUGGGCUUUAUAAGUCACAUCUUAGAAUUUGAUACAACCCUCAUAGGCAAAGGUUAACUCCAUUUAAUGUUUACUUUAGUGUUGUCUCUUCUUUUUAUUGUUGUCAGCACUUUGUUCUUUUUUCAACCAAAUGGACAAAAGAUGAAUCUCAAAAUCAAAGAAUGUUUAAGUUAUCUAUAUAUGAAAAUCAUUUUGAGGCAAUGGAGUAACUUGAACCUAUGUUCUGGUGAUUUAAAGACACCUGCCUUAACAGAUGGUACAAAAGUGACAUCGUGACAGCACCUGCUGUCACGAUGGUACAAAAGUCGACUAAUCUGGAACUCUAUUGAAUUCACUAGGAGGGUCUGGUGGCCCUCAAACUGGAGCCUAAGUAGGGUUUUAUAGUCAACCCGACCACACUGGCCUACGGUAAUGGCGUUCACACUCUUACGUCCCACAUCAGAUCGCAAUAAAAUCACAAUGGCAUUAUAUACAGUAUCAAUAAAAUUUAUAUAUAAUGCCAAUGUUAUCUAUACACAACAUAUAUAAUGUUAUCAAUAUAGAGACAAAAUAGUUGAGAUUAAUAGUCACAGGGAUAUUGAUAUAGAGACAAAAUAGCUAUGGUUGAGCUUUGGCUCUUUGAUCUCGCCUCUCAACUGUCAAUCAACUGGUGUACAGACUCUGGAGCCUAUACAAAUAAAGUUAUUUUCAAACUGUUUA